AUAUCUCUCUCUCUCUGCCCUCUUCCCUCUUUCACCUCUCACCGCUACUCACUCUCCCACAUCAGCAGGAGCUGCAAUGAACGGCAAACGCCGAUGAUUCGAAUGACGAGUUGCAGUCUGAUUUUAUCAUUCACCAUUCCAAAAAUCUAAUCUAGAAAAACUACCUGUAAAUUUACCAAAUGUCUCAAGUACCUGGAUUGCAAGUGUAUGACGGAAAACCAUCAAGGCCAUAUUUUAAAGACUCAGAUUCAAAAUAUGUUCGGCUUGCUAAGGAACGUGGAGUGAAAGAUUUGUUAAAACAUGAAGAAACUGCUGGGAAGCCAGAUGCUGUACCUUAUAAUCGAGUAAAUUGGUUUUAUUUGGAAGACAAUGCCGUAGAAGAUGCCCAGAAGAAGAAGAGUGUCAAUUGGACGUUUGGUGCCCCAGAAUAUAUGAGUACUGUUCCCUCACCCCACUCCGAGUCUAGUGAGACCAAAGAAGACUACGAGGUUUCAAGCCCCAAAGAGUGUGAAGUGAAACCUGUGAAAACUGAACCAGCUGGACUCAAUAAAAAACCUGAAACCUAUGAUCACCCAUUUAUUCACGGUUAUUACUCUCCAACUGAGCCCAAGGAGAGCAAAACUGAAGAGAGAGAAGAGGAAUAUGUAAGUGAUCAGUUGUCAGAGGGGAACGAUAUUGAAAAUGUGAUGGCCGAACCAUUACCUGUGACACAGCAGAUUAAGAAAGCUACUGCACAUCCACAGCAAUGGAAAAACCCAAUAACACAGACUGAAAUAAGUGGUGAUGCUCCUAUGAAAGGAUCUGGAAAGAAAUGUUGUCCAAAGGAAAAUGCUUGCACUUCGAUGUCGAAGCUCUUGUCAUUUGGCUAUGCUCAAGAUUGGCAUUCCAGAAAAGAUGGAUCAGGAGAAUCGAACAGCCCCAAUCAGAAACCUUAAAAGUUUUAUAUAUAUAUAAAUGCAUGUAUGUAUGUGUACUUAUAUGUAGAUAUAAAUUAAUAAAUUAAUAAUUACCUAAUUAC